GUGUCAUGUGACUGCCCGUUAUCAUGUGACCAGCUGAUUCUUUAUUGCCGCCAGCUGCAGUCGCACAGUUCACCUGCGGAUCCAGAACCAGGUGGAACCGGGUAGAACCGGGUGGAACCGGGUGAGACAGGAACAGACGGACCGACGAGAUGCAGGUGGCGGUGUUGUGUUACUUACUUUUGUCUCUGCUGGGAGGCGAUGCGGCUCCAGCGGCAGACGAAGUCACUUACCUCCCCGGUCUGCAGAAACAGCCAAGUUUCAGACAUUACUCUGGAUACCUGAAUGUGGCCGACGGAAAACACCUGCACUACUGGUUUGUGGAGUCCCAGCAGAACCCGGCCUCUGACCCGGUGGUGCUGUGGUUGAACGGCGGUCCUGGCUGCAGCUCUCUGGACGGACUGCUGACUGAACACGGACCCUUCCUGAUCCAGGAUGACGGAGUGACGCUGCAGUAUAACCCAUACUCGUGGAACAAGAUUGCCAACGUGUUGUACCUGGAGUCUCCAGUAGGAGUCGGCUUCUCGUACUCUGACGAUCAGAAAUACGGCACGAACGACACAGAGGUGUCGAUGAACAACUACCUGGCUCUGAAGGACUUCUUCCGUCUGUUUCCAGAGUUCAACAAGAACGAACUCUUUCUGACCGGAGAGAGCUAUGGAGGAAUCUACAUUCCGACACUUGCCGAAAGGGUUAUGGAGGACGCCAGCCUCAACCUGCAGGGCGUUGCCGUGGGUAACGGGAUGUCGAGUUAUGAGCUGAACGAUAACUCUCUGGUGUACUUUGCGUACUACCACGGCCUGCUGGGAAGUCGCCUGUGGAGCGACCUACAGACAUUCUGCUGCAGUGGCGGGAAGUGCAACUUUUACGACAACCAGGACCAGAACUGCUCGGCUACGCUGGGCCAGGUUCAGGACAUUGUCUACAGUUCAGGACUGAACAUGUACAACCUGUACGCACCCUGUCCAGGUGGAGUCCGCCAAAGGCUCAGUAUUGAACAAGGUGAGCUGGUGAUCAGAGAUCUGGGGAACUCGUUCAUCAACAAUCAGUGGACUCAGCUCUGGAACCAGAAGGUACGAGGUCUGGCGUCCCUCCACCUGUCUGUCCGUCUGGACCCCCCCUGCACUAACUCCACCCCCUCUUCCCUCUACCUGAACAACCCGUACGUCCGAGCUGCCCUGCACAUCAGCCCCAAGGCCCUGGACUGGGUCAUCUGCAGCGCUGAGGUCAAUCUGAAAUACGGUCGACUCUACAUGGACGUCAGGAAACAGUACCUGAAGCUGCUCUCUGCUCUGAAGUACCGGGUCCUGGUGUAUAACGGGGAUGUGGACAUGGCCUGUAACUUCAUGGGGGACGAGUGGUUCGUUGAGUCUCUGAACCAGCAGGUGGAAGUUCAGAGGCGUCCGUGGCUCUACGAUGAUGAAGACGGUCGGCAGGUUGGCGGCUUCGUAAAAGAGUUCGACAACAUUGCCUUCCUUACUGUCAAGGGUUCUGGUCACAUGGUUCCAUCAGACAAACCAAUUGCUGCCUUCGCCAUGUUCACCAGAUUCAUCAAGAGGCAACCCUACUGACCUCUGACCCUACUGCCCACUGACUCUACGGACCUCCAUUUGUCCACCUUUACCUCUGACCUCUGACCUCCAACCACUGACCAUCUGUCCCUCUGAUCUUUUUGAGUCUAUUUUUUUUUCUCUUCCUAAUCAGCCAAUCAGCGAUUGCCCGGCAACCAGAUUAUUGUUGUAGGAAAUGUACCCUAAUCACAUCGCACAUCCUGGUCACAGUGGCAACGUGUGGUUGCCAUGGAAACGAGUACUGCCAUUAAUCUUUGUUUUUGAAUGUGAAACUUGUUUUUGUUGAUUGGAACCAGAAUAUAAAGUUUGAUCUUUAA